AGAGCAAACAUGGGAGAGUCACGGUAAGUCGCCCGUCCACGAGUGCCUUACCGCACACACGCGCAACGCCGACCUAGCUGACCGAUGCUCUCCUGUGUCGCCGCAUGCAGACAGGAGCUCGUAGCAUGGCUCAACAGCCUUCUGCAACUGAAUAUGACCAAGGUCGAACAAUGUGGUACCGGUGCUGCCCUAUGUCAGGUUUUCGAUAGCAUCUUCAUGGACGUGCCUAUGUCCCGCGUCAAGUUCAACGUCAAUAGCGAAUGGGCAUAUGUACAAAACUUCAAGGUCCUACAAAAUACUUUCGCUAAGCACCAUGUCGACAAGCCCGUCCCUGUCGAAGCCCUGACAAAAUGCAAAAUGCAGGACAACCUUGAAUUCCUGCAAUGGACCAAGAAGUUCUGGGAUCAGUACUUCCCAGGCGGGGACUACGAUGCCGUUGCGCGCCGGAAAGGAGGUACUCUGCCCCCCACGGGCCCCGGCCCACGGGCCACCGCCGGCAGCGCGGGAGCUGCUCGGAGAGGCACGACUCCUACGACGGGCCCUCGUCUAGGCGUCAAGGCUGGUGGUGCCGCCGGUGGUGCGGCAUCAGCGGCCCUUCUCCAGGAGAAUAACACGCUCAAGGAGACCGUGGUUGGCCUCGAGCGCGAGAGAGACUUUUACUUCAGCAAAUUGCGGGACAUCGAACUGUUGAUCCAGCAGGCGGUGGAGGAUGACCCAGAGCUCGACAAGCAAGAAGAUGGUCUCAUCAAGCAGAUCCAGACGAUAUUAUACUCAACUGAGGAGGGCUUUGAGAUCCCAGCCGAGGGAGAGGCGUUGGAUGACCAGGAGACAUUUUAGAGUCUAAGCCGUGCGACUUGGUGGCAUGAAAGCAAGAACAUACGAUGUAAUGAGAAACGCAGAUGUAAAAUCAAGGUGGAAAGUAAUACCGGAGUACCGGGCUGUAGGGGAGCGCCCAAGGGACGAGAGAGGGGGCGUAUCGUCGGGAUAGCCACCUAGCUGUCUACUAGACCAAAAAUCUGCCCGGGUAUAAUAACCUUAACGGUGUGUUCUACCCCGUUGGGUUGGGUGUUGAAGGAAGUGUUAGAGGAGUGGACAACUAAUGCCAACAUGGCUCUAUCACUAGGCUUAGAUCGGCAGAUACUAGAAUGU